AUGCUGGCGCAGCCGCAAUAUCCUAACGUCAAUAUAAACAUUUUGUACCAACCAUACGAACCCCUCGCCAACACGUGUCAAUUUACUCUCGGAACGUUUAUAAAUCUAGAAAGUGGCCAAUCGUUCAGCUUCUUCGUACUGUCAUUUUCAGACGCAGCUUAUAACGCGAAUCUGCCCGCAUCGCCGCCGUGUUUACUGCGAGGCCAAUCAGUCACCAAAAGAGAUGACUACACGUACACGUCGGGUAUCGGUGGCUACAAAGUUCACACGCGAGCGGUUCUAUGGAACGAAGCUCGAAUCACUUGCGAAGAGGAAGGCGGGCACUUGGCUAUCCUUAACUCCGCAGCCGAAGCAAAUGCGGUAACUCAGCUGUACAAGAAGUCGCCGGCAAUCAUUGGAUCACCUCUACCAGAAUUUGUUGGCAUUGGAUUUCACGACCUUUAUCGCGAAGGUCAAUACGUUACAAUUCACGGUCAGACGUUGGCGGAAGCUGGAUUCACACAAUGGCGGGCUCGAGAACCAAACAAUUCGUACAGAGGCAAGCCGGAAAAUUGCGGAGCCUUGGGCAAAACUGGGGGACUUAAUGAUAUUAGUUGCAAUAUUCCAAUUGGUUUUGUGUGCGAGCUGCCAACGUAUUGAUAACGAUCUGAACCGAAAGUGACUGAUCUUUAUUCA